AUGGCGUACGCUUAUGAACCGGGACUGGCGCAGCCGCGCAAAGGCGCUGACCAGGAUGCCGACAUCCUCAAGGAGUUCAAGGUGAGUCGCUUGUCCCCCUCUGUGGUCUUCUCCCUUUGCUCGCACGCGCUCGUCGCCCGGCUCUCGACUUCGGCAUCACUCAACACAAUCGACGGGGGGUGGCUUGCUUCGACGUCACCCGCCUGUGUGUGGGGGAGCAACUUCGACCCGCCAACAGCAUCAUCAAACCUCGACAUCGGCCAACCCCAAACCAUCCCUCUCCCGCCUACACAAGCUCAACCUUACUCUCACGCUCACGGCAAACCGGCUCGCCUACACGCCAAGACUCAGCUCGCACCCCUUGCUUCCACCUCGUCUGUCGCGCAGCAUAUCCUGUGUCCUAUUCCAGCGACACAUUGCGUGCGGUCGGACUGUCUAUGUUUAGAUACGCGACAGCAAGAGCGCAGCGCAUACCGUUGGCUCGCUUGCUCGCCCGUCGACGACUCCACCGCAGUCAAGCGCAAACUCGCCGAGGACGAGGCGUACAUUAGCUACUUCAACGAGCGCAUCAAGAUUGAGCAGAGCUACGUCGAGGCGCUGAACAAGCUCCAUGCGAAGCAGGUUGGAGCAGACUCGCAGGUCGAUGAACGGUUCGCGUCAACGACACGGAAAGCAUGGUUCGAAGUGCGCGACUAUACGGAGCGCGAGAUUGCCUCACGGGAGGCGUUCGUCCACGCACUGCAGACUACGGUGGUCGCGCCGCUGACGGGGAUCCGUGACACGCAAACGCGGAUCCGAAACCGUAUCCGUGAAGGGCUCAAGGAGGCGACAGAGCAAUACGAAUCGUACGUCUUCAACAAGGUCCCGAAGCUCGAGAAGACGUACCGGAGCAAGGAACAGACGCUGGAGGAAAUUCGGAAGCAGGAAGCCGCAGUCGCGAAGCAACAGCAGCUCCUCAGCGAGACAAACCCAGCAUUGCCCGAGAAGCAGCCGCACCCAUACAUGUCGGCUGCCGCUUCGAUUCGGGACGGGCACUCGAUCCGCGCGCCGAGCAUCAGCCGCAGCCGGCGGUCGAGCGGGUCGCUCGAUUCGGACGAUCUCAACUUCCCGAGCCCGAACUCGCCGACGUCACAGUCUAGCCAUCCCCCGCCGUCUUAUCACUCCACAACGCCGUCUUAUCACACCACCAACCCGUCGAUGCACCUCGCGCCCCAGCAGCAGGGUUACCACCCCUCAGCUCUUUCGCCGGCAACGACGAUCCCCGAUCGCAAGACCCCGAUUCACUUCUCGGGUGUCCAGCAGAGCGGGCGCUCGCGUUCGGGCUCAGCGUCGGGUCUGACGCUGCGCGACGUCGAUGCGCGCUCAAAGGAGAUCAUGAACGACAUUGCGGCGCACGGAAAGAAGGGCUUCAGGUCGCUGAUGGACCGCAUGGCGGGCGACCGGGACGGCGCCCCCGAGAAGAGCGGGCCCGAGGUUGCCGUCUCUCCACCCGAGUCCAAUAUCCCGCGGAGAGGAAGCGUGCGCGCACACCCCGUUAGCGCGAUGAAGAGCGUCAAGGCGCGCCGCGAGGCGGAGGAGGCAGACAAGGCGUACCGCAAGGGUGUGUUCCACACGGAGACGCUGCGACUGCGACGAGAGAAGCUCCAGACGUCUGCGAUCCAGAGCCUGACGGACCUUAACGAGGAGCUCAACAUGAAACUGCGCGCUGCGCUCGCUCACUAUGUCACGCACGCGCACGCGACUGCAGUGACGCUCGCGCAGGCGACCGAGGUCGUUGGCAACGCCAUCAAGCACAUCAACCUCGAGCACGACGGCAUGCAGUUCCGCUCGCGCCUUCCGCCGAUCGUCAAGAACAAGCCGGUCGUGUACGAAAACUACCACGUCGGACCGUGCCAAAGUCUGAUCUUUGGCGUCUCGCUGACCGACUACGACUUUGCGCGCGGCGAGGGCGGCGACCACGGCCGACCGCCUCUCAUUGUCGAAAAGUGCAUCGCUAGAAUCGACGCCUUUGGUCUCGAGACGGAGGGCAUCUACCGUAUCUCUGGCCGCGUAGCCACGGUGCGCGACAUGGUGCAGGAGAUUGAGCGCACCGAGGCGCACUUCCAGUUCAAGCCGACAUACGACGUGCACAGCAUCGCGGGCGUGCUCAAGCAGUACCUGCGCGAGUUACCUGAUCCGUUAUUCCCGCUCCCGCUGGCCGAGCGCGUCAAGAUGACGGCCGACCGCGACUCGUACCUCGACAACAAGUUUAGCGUCAUUCGCUCGCGGCUCCGAAGGCUGCCGCCGAUCCACCAGACGACGCUGCGCGCCAUCAUCGAGCACCUCGCCCGCGUGGCCGACCACGCCGAGGAGAACAAGAUGGAUGCACGCAACCUCGCCCUCGUGUUCAACAGUGUGCUCUUUGGUCCCGAGAAGACGCCCGAGAACGGCGAGGCGCUCAUCCAGAUGCAGACGCACCGCGACAGCGUGCUAGAGGACAUGAUUACGCACUGCGACCUGAUCUUUGGCCCGGCGACGACGCCGCUCUCGUACCACUCUGGCGAGUACGACUAUGGCGCGUACGAGGAGCAGGAAGAGGAGAGCGAGGAGGAGGCGCCCAAGGAGCGCAACACGGGCCCAGGCACUUCGCGCACCAAGCUCGUCCUCGUCACGCCGCGCGACGACCUGAGCGACGACAGCGAGCCGCCCGUCGACAAGCUGACGCCGGACCAGUCGCUGAGCCUGCUCUUCGACCCCGCCCUGAUCCCGCAGAGCAUGCAAUCCGCCAUUCCGAAAGAGUACCACCUGCGUCCGCUGGCGAGCGAUGACUUCCUCCGCGCGCAUUUCAGCCUGCUGUCGACGCUCUCGCAGUCCCCCGCCCUCGCGCCCUCGACGUACGCCAACCUUUUCAACGGCCUCAAGGCGAGCGGGAUCUACUACAUCCUCGUGCUCGUCGAGCGCGCGACAGAUGAGCUCGUCCUGUCCGGGACGCUCCUGCUCGAGCGCAAGUUCAGCCACGGCGGCGGCCUCAGCGGGCAUAUCGAGGACAUCAUCGUCAGCGAGCGUCUGCAAGGUCGCGGGCUGGGGCAGAUCCUAGUCCGCGGCCUGAGGGAGAUGGCAGCGAAUCUGGGCGCGUACAAGGUGAUCUUGGACUGCCAGGAACGCAUGGUGCCGUUCUACGAAAAGUGCGGUUUCGCGAUCCGGGGCAGGCAAAUGGCGCAUUAUGUCGAGUCUCAGCCGCCGCCGAGGAAGGAAAGUCUCGCUGCUACCAAGGCUCUGGGCUCGCCGAAGAAGGCGGAGAAGGCGGAGGCGGAAGUGAACGAUAGGAGGCUCGAUGACAUUGACGCCGAGACGGAGGCGAGCGACGUGACUUACCACUUUCCCGUCACCGCAUGA